ACGAUCUGAUGAAGAAGAUGUGUCAACUCUCUCUGUUUGCCACGGUUUGCCAAAGCUUCGAAAAAACCGUGCGCUUGGUUCCGAUAGGUGGCGUUGGGUCUGAAGAUAGCUUUAGACAAAUUUAAUGCUUUGCCUGCCUGCUUACAAAGGAAAGGAAAGAAAAUCGGCACGGGACUUGUGACGCGCGGUACGGUGCGCCCACAACAACUGGAACACUCUUGCUGGACUAGCCCGCUCGUGACAGAAAGUUUGCUUCCCAUUGAUCGGGAUCUUCUUACCUGCUGUGUGGUCAAGAAACAAGUGACAAAAUAUUUGCAGUUAAAGUGUAGUCUGAGAACUUUUCGCCGCCAUUUUGCCCUGGCAUCCCCAGUGAACAUAGUAUUCUGCUGCACAUACAACAACCAAGCCCCAAUACUCUGUGACUCUUGUUCCAUCCAAGUGGAAUUGGAAAAGCCACUGUGUUGUGUCCACUUGCCAAGUGAUUGAUCUAUUCCCUUGUGAAUUCGUCCUUGCUCAUAAUGGAAGAUUACGCCGUGAUCCAUAGCUGCCCUAGUGUUUCGAACACAAACCGAUGCUAAGAAAAUCGCGCCCUUGGCAUCUCCCCACUCACGGCCCCUCUCACACACGUGCCGAUGACAACUCAGUGAUCCUCGCGCCUUUUCCUCCUUGCUUUCUGUUUUGUUUUGUUUUGGCGCCCAUCGAUUUGUUGGUCAUUGUCCUCUCGGUACCGUUUAAGAAUGCUUUGACGAAUGCUUAGAGGAUUGUCAACUGAACCCUAACCGUUUAGGUGUGGUGGGCCGGUAACAAUAAUGGCUGAACAUCUCGGCAAAGACGCCAAAACGUAUGCCGAUGAAUACUCGUCUUUUUGCCGGGAACUAAAAUCCUUUCAUGACAUCAGAGGGACGAGUUUCAACAAACUUCCACGUCUCCACGGUCAUGAAGUUGAUUUAUAUCUUCUCUACUCACUCGUCACUUCGCACGGCGGAUGGGAAAAGGUGAACGUACACGGCGAAUGGGAAUCUCUGCUUCCCUACUUCGGCAUUCACCGGUUAUGCGCCAAUGGACCAAUUGCUUUGAAGCAAAUUUAUAUAAGAUACCUGGAUGUUUACGAGAGGAUACACUUUUUGGGCGAAGAAGUUGAUCGACGCGAGUCUGAACAUCACGAAGAGGAUGACGCCCGCAACCGACGUAAAGCCCUUCGACUUCUUCAUGCCACUCCGACGUCUUAUAAUGCUGCGCAGCACGUUAUCCCAGAUCACAUGCGAAACACAGCUGGGUUGUCGACUGAUGGGAUACAAGUUACACCGACUGAGCGAGUGUUCCUCUCCCUUCUAUGUCCUCUACCCAACGAGCAAGACUUCGCCAUCAAUGUUUGCAGUCUUCUUGCAAUGGAAAGCCGAAGACCGUUUCCCCUCCAUCAGUGUCCCCGCAUCGUCGAUGCUCUACUAGCACACGCUGGAAUCUUUUCACAAGUCGACAUCCGAGAUCUAUUCACGGAUAGUUACCGAAAAUUUCGUGGGCAGAACCUCGGCCGAUUUUGGCGUGAUGUUGUCCCGGAUGCUGACAUUGUACAAUUAUCUGAAGAAGAUUUGGUGGUCACACCAGACGAUGUUACAGCUGUAGUGGGCCCGUAUUGGGAUCACCGAUCUGUUCAUACAGCGUCGAGUGCUAUUGGAGAGGCUGAUUCAUCAAGGACUCUACCGUCAGAUCUUCUUCCAGAAGAAAAUGGCAGUACAUCUGCAACAAACAAAGUGCAUCUGGUCGUACGCCCAUUAGGUAGUGAGAGACCCAUCAGAUCAGUGACCUUAAAUUCCAGAGGGGACGAACUUGAAUCAACAUUGAUUGAAGAAGGAUCAACAUUAAUUGAGGAAGAGUCUCAGUGUAGUGUCAUGUUAUACGAAAAUGGAACGGGUCCAUUGUCAGCCUCAGGAUCUGAUGUGGUUUCGGCUACUAGUCCGCCAAACGUGGAAAGAGUGCCCAGUUGUGAGCCAAACUUCAAAAAUUGUUUGGCAAAAUCAGCCAAUAGCCCCAUAGAACCUGCCAGCGACGUUGCAGUUCCUGGAUAUUUACAAAAUGAUGAGAAUCUUGUUGCCUCCUUUGCCCAAGACGAUUUUGCUGUCGAACCAUCUCGGAGUAUUCAGCCGACCGACGAAGGUUUCGCUUGUGAGGAUAUUUCUGCUGCUGCUGCGCAGGAAUCUUCUCAAGAUGCUGAAUCGCACACCAAACCAGAUUUAUCACAUGACGGCAUCGCUCCACCAAUUACCGAGUCCAACACCGCUUUCGAGUUGGAAACACCUUCACAAGCGGAGACCAAUGUGGAGAGGAAAGUCGUUGCUCCCAAAAACAAAUUGCCAGUUGCCAUUCAAAAACCAGAUAAUCCACGUGCCAUCCGCUAUUGGCUGGAUCAACGCAGAGCUGCUCGAUGUCCCGUCGAACAGCCUCCAGUUAAACAGGACGAUCCUGUGCUACAAUUAGAACCAGAGGAGUUGGAUCUAUUUCAUGUUGGUCGGGAUCAAGGUGUUCACGAUGCUCUCGGUCAAAGAGUUUUACAGGUUCUUAAUGUCAUUCGCAAUUUGAGUUUUGAUGAUGUCAAUUCGGCUGUAUUAGCUCAAAGCGAAGCUUGUAUGCGACUUCUUCUUUUGGCUGCCCAUGCCAGGUGGUCUUGUCUACCACAGUUGGCCUUCGAUGCCAUAUCAAAUGUCGCAUUAGAGGUCAAUUUAAAGGAUCCCGCAGAUUGUUCGCUGUCGGCCAUUCUUUUGGGGACGGUCACACGAGGAUUGGAGUCAAACGACCGUUUUAUUGUACUCCGUUGUAUGGAAACUUUAGGUCGUUUGGCCCAACGCAGUGAAAAUGAGCUGCUUUUGAUGUCGUCUCUUGAUUCUCACGUUUAUGAAAAACUGUGCUCCUAUUUAACUAUACCUGAUGUUGCAUUAUUAAUCUACACAUUGGAGUGUGUUUAUGCGUUGUCUUCUCUCGGCCAAGCCACUUGCAAUGCCUUCCUGCAUUGUCAAGGAGCGUUGGAUGUUUUGAUUUCCCUCCUGACUGUCGAGGCUCAGAGCUAUGGAUCUAAAGCAAGGAUUCUUAUGAACGUAGUUGAGACAGUUGCCGAAGGUGACACGGUUGCCACGCAUGCGCAGUUGAAUCCAAUUCACUGUGUGGUUCGCCCUACCCACUCACACAGCCCAGCACCGAGUGCCCCAUCGACUCCGCCGCCGAUGCUACUACAGCCUGUUGCCGCUUCUGUUCCGCAAUCACCAAACUCUCUCACCAAAAUCCUGCCAAAAGCAAAUGCCAGUUCUAGGCCCAGCACGCCAACCCAAUCGAAACCCAUUGUUGCCAGUAUCAGUCACACAGAGAAAGAACAAAUUGCUAUGCAAUGGUUAAGGACUACGUUUGAGCCAGUCGUUGGAGCACCAAGUAUAGAACAAAACGUGCUGUAUAGGCAAUAUACGGCUGGAUGCUCUAGAAAUGGACCAAAGCAGGUUUUGGGGAUCGUUCAGUUUUUCUCCUGUGUUAGAGCAACAUUUGGUCAAAACGUCGGGCCAUUUCGGAAACAAGUUGGCAGUGCCGUCGAAUUCUAUUUCGAAGGAAUGGCGUCAAAGACCGCUUCAACUGCUGUUACGAGUGCCCCGACAAAUGCAGUGGUGCGUUCGCCUACACCCACGCCGAUUCCUAUCGAAGUACCUGGUUCUCCUAUACUGAAAGCCCAACUCUGUGCUCCACCAAAAGUCAAUAAUAGGAAAGAAGCUCCGAAGCAGUCGUUGGCACAUCCUCAUUUAUCUCAAGCGUUAGGUCAAGGUGGUAUGUCGCUACCUGAAACGAGUCAGGUUGCGACAACUGGUAGCUCAGUACCACCGUCGUCUUCCUUGAUCAAAUCCCUCUUGGCCAAUAAGGUACCGGACAAUAACAGCCAGUCCGCCAAUCACGUGGCUACUUUGGGCCUUUCGCCCACUGCGACGGCUUUGCCCGGCAUGACUAGAAUACCUUGCAUGAAUUCGCACGGUAGUCCCGUUUCUUCUAAUCAGAUAGUAAAUCAUCCCCUUUCAGGCGCUAUCGUUCUUCAGGUUGCUCAGAGACAGCAGCAACAGAAACUUCUACAACAGCAACAACAACAACAACCAGCUGCAGUGAAUGGUCCAUCCAAAGAAAGUCAGAUGAAUGUCAAAGGUGCACAAGUUACCAUUAACACCCCAAAAAUGAACGGAGUAUGCCCGGAGAUGGAACAAAAUUCGGUUCUGACUGAAUCCCCCGAUGGUAAAGGCAAAGGAAUGUUAGCUGAUCUGUUGGAACGAGAAGUGAAAAAAGAAUCAGUCAACGGUGCUACUACUUUGGCCGGCAAAGAACUUCGUAUCAGUGACAAUGGACUAGAGUUGAUCCAGAAUGAUCCUCGGAAUCGUGUUGCUGUCGACAUGGGAGUUGUGGGGAUGAACGACUUUGGUGUCGACUUGGGAGAUGGUGUUGCUGCCCCGAAAGCUGCUCAUCUCAUUGCACAGGUUGACGACUCUGGACACGUUCAAAUUCAUCUAGAGGAAGAAGCGGGUACUGCUGUUUGUAAUGGCCAGUCAUUAUUGGACCAGUUGGAAGCUUGCGAGGUUUCAUCGUCCUCCGACGAAAUUGUGGCAAGUCAAACGUCGAAAGCGAUCAAGCGACCGGCCAGUCCUACGGAAACAAAUGACAGUUCUGCUCCGAAAAAACCUACGAUGAAUCAUGUGACUUCAAAGCUCAACGAAAACUCUGGAGGAAUUUCCGAAAAACCUUCUGAAAUAACUUUAGCCGAACAGAAUAAAGAUUCGGCUGACAAGAAUAAAGAAAAAAUCACAAUUAAUGGAAACGUUAACGGCAUUGUCGAGACGACCAACACGAUAACAAUUAAUAGUUCAGCAGUAGCACCUCAAAUCCAACCAGCUAUGGUUUUGGGGCCCAACACACCUAGGACUUUUCUAAUUCUUCAACAGCAAACUCCACAGCAAGCCAGGCUUGGUUUUCCCCAACAGGGCCAGCGCCUGCUAUUGGCUAUUCAACGCCCAGGUGGAGUAAUUCAACACGUUGCUAUGCCUGCCAACGUCGUGGCCAUAACUUCCAGUCAGUUGCAAGCCAACGGAGCUGUUGUUAGCCUGUCGAGCUCAGGAGGAACCAACAGUGUGACCACUGUACAUCAACAUUCGGCUAACAGCGGACAAGCGCCGCCUUCGAGUGGUGUUAGUCUCAUUGCCAAUGGUAGCUGUCUUCCAGUGUCCACGGCUAUCCUUUCGUCGUCAGCUCAACCCAUCACCGUGACUAGUACUGUCCCUAGUGUGGUUACAACCUCUUCAAUGGAAGGCGUAGUCACUUUCUCCGGUGGAGCCGUCGCCUUUCCAGCCCGACCAACAGAGAAUGCAUCACGCAGUUCCAGUGUAGCAGAAAGUCAUGUUACCAUCACACCGGUUCCGGCCUCUUCGAUCGUGAAUUCUGUUACUUCAACGCCAAUCGUAACGACAUCACCCACAGCGUCGCCGGCCACUGUUGUACCCACCAAUGCCGGCGCAACUCCAGGUUUCAAAAAACGAACUAAUAGCAUUGAAGCAGCAAAACCCCGUGGGAGACCCAUGAAAAGCAAAUCAACCGACUGUCAACCAGUUUCAUCUCCCAGUCCCCAACCUAUCGAUCCGUCUUUACAAUAUCUUUGCGAAUGGAAAGAAUGCAUGAGGUCAUUUAAAACGCCCCACGAAGUUUACGUUCACGCUUGCCAAGUUCACUGUCCAGUUCACGUGGAGGAAUUAGGGUGCUUAUGGGAACGCUGUGACGGUCUCAAAAGACGGAGAUUUUCAAUGAUGACGCAUCUCAUGGAUCGUCAUUGUAACGAUGAGAUGCAGAGAUUGUUAGCAGCACGACGACAUCAAAUGAAUACGCAGGGCAAGACAGACAUUCCCGCGCCACAAGCUCCUACUCCUCAUCCUGGAUAUGCACCUCACGCAGCACUGCAUGCUAUUAAACGACACGCAGUUGAACUGAUGAACCAAAAAGAACAGGAAGAAAAAGAAGGGCCAGUAACCAAAAGUAUUCGAUUGACAUCAGCCCUUAUUCUCCGUAAUAUCGCCACACACUCCGCAUUGGGAAGGAGGAAUCUCCAACGUUACGAGAAUCAUUUAGCGAGUGUUGCCUUGAGCAAUGUGGAGUCAUCCCGAACUGUAGCGCAAAUUUUGUAUGAACUAACCCACCAAUGCAGCUAGGGAUUUCUGGCUUGAAACUCGUAUCUGGAAUCAAUGCGGUUUUUACUGAAUUAUUUUUUAUUAUUAUUAUUUUUUACUGAUUUUUGAUUCAGAAUGCGAAUGAAAUUACUGAUACAAGGGGUCUGACAUAUCAUUCCCAGCUGACGUCACCGACAGUCUAAUCUCGUCCCGAUUUUUUAAUAUUUACCUUUGUCUUCGUUAUGUUAGCUUUAAAGUGGUUUGCACUUCAUCCUUUUCCUUCAGCGCUUAUUUCUUUUUUUCAAUGUCUUGUGAAUGAGUGGUCUGAUUUCGAGUUGAUGAAUUUUGAUGUUUCAUGUAAUCGCUCCUCGUCCGAGUCACAUGUGCGACAGAAGUUGAUCCCAGAGUUUACACAAAAAUCGAUUGCGCUGCCUUUUUGUUCUCUCCUUUGAACUUGAAAAAGAAGAACAAGUGUCUUUUCUAUUAAAACAAGUUACGAACGAUCA